AUGGAUUCAACACCCGCCGCUCGACGUCGCCGCCGUAGACGCGUUGCCGAAGAGAACCGGAAACGUGCACCGCGAGCGUGCGAUCGAUGCAAGGCUCGGAAAAGCAAGUGCAUUGAGUCAAGUCCUGGCAUUUGUCAGAGAUGUGAAGCUGGCCAGCUUAGUUGUCGCUUUGACAGAGAUAGGUUGUCUCCGCGACACAGUCAAAGCCCAAUGCCCGCUGGAGAUGCUACCAUUACUGCCGUAGCUGCCUCGUCUCAAACAGGAGCAACACCCCAGGAGAAUAUUUCCAUAGAAAGCCACCAGACCGAAAGCAUACUAUGGCCCCGAUUCCUGACAAGACUACGCGAGGCCUUCUCCUUGAACCCAAUAUCCGGGCCUGAAGAGCAGGACAUGGUCAAUCUACAGGCUAAUAUUACCCGACCAAACAACCCAUCGCUUGCAGAACAGGCCCGCCUCAAAAAGAUUGUCGGCUCAUUUCCUCCUCGAUCUAUCGCUGAGUUCCUUGUUCAUGUGUGCAUCAGACGCGGCACUGAUGUCUUCUUCUACUUCGACCAAGCACAAAUAAUUCACGAGAUUGAGCAGUUCUACACCAAUCAAGCGUGCCCGUUGAGAUUUGACCCCAGUUUCAUCUGUCUCGCAUUGACUAUCUUCGCACUUGGCAGCCACUGGACCCCUCUGGAACGACCAGACCAUUCACGGAUUGAUGAACACGAUCCCGGAAGGCUCUUCUUUGAGCAAGCUAAGCUACUUGUGCCGGAUAUAAUCGAGCUUCCAGGCCUUAGAUCUAUCCAAGUAUGCUUGAUACUCGGUGUAUAUCUUAUGCCGCAGAAUGCAGUUGGAUCGUCCUAUGUCUACACGGGAAUGGCUUUGAGGAAGGCUCUGGCAUUCGACCUACAUCAGGACUCGGAUGACCAAGUCAUGGACGCGCGAGAAAGAGAAGUUCGUCGGCGGUUAUGGUGGUCAAUAUACUCCCUCGAAAGGUGCUCGACAAUAAAGCUCAACAGGCCACGAUCGGUGGCACCCGAGAUUAUUACGGUCCCAUUACCGACUGUUCUGCCAGAGUUCGACGACUCUCAGAAGUUCAACAACGUUGUUCUUCAAAUUGCCUUCGCGCGUCUCAUAUCCAUAUUGGAUAGAGUGGCUGACCUGGAGUCAACAGUAACGAACCUCCCUCGCCAGACAGACACAGCGAGCCUGGAGAACCAGCUAAGACAGUGGAAAGUCUCGUUGCCUGAAGCCUUUGAUCUGGAGACAAUCCCGCCCCAAGAUUCACGCUAUCGCGCUGUCUUUCAUAUCUGGCUCAACUACUACUAUGCCUGGAUUGUUAUGGGGAAGGUGUCUCUCAUUACAGUUGUAAGAAUGACUCUUCGACGCCAUCUUGGAGACAACUCAGAGCCAUGCAACAUUGAUGAGAAGGCUGAAAAGCUAUCGAAAUCAUGCGCAAAGGCUUCUAAGAAACUGCUUCAGCUCUUUGAAGACUUGAACCAGACAGGGUAUACCACGCGGUUCUCAUUCACCGACUUCCAAGGCUGUAGUAUUGCCACUAUCGUCACUCUGAUUGCCGGUAUCCUUGAUCGCGACCCCGGAUACGAAAGACGCGUCAGAUUUGGUCUAGACUUCUUGCGAAGAAUGGCGACGGGGAACCCAAAUGCCCAAGUUGGUGUUCGGUUUGUCGAAGCCCUUCGCUCCAUCUCGAACGAGGCUUGGGGAAAGCUUAGUCGGUCGAGGCACCCCCCUGCCAACGCGACCGACGAGGGGCCACAAUCGUCUGCGUACAAUGAGUGGGCAGAGUGGCUGUCAAACCAAGAACAGUCCCAGAGUGCUAUCAAUAGCGAAGCGAUUGGUGACAGCGCAUUAGGUGCCGAACAGAAUACUCAGGUACCUCCAGGUGCCGAUGCGGAGUUCUGGUCUACGGGGGCUGAAGAUAUGGAAUGGAGCACACGCACUGAGGCGGUUCUCGAGCCACUCAUGUCACGUCUACCGGGUCCGCACCCUCAGACCGGCGAGCAGCUUGAUCCGUUUGAGACGUAUCGUCUGUCGACAAUGUAUAAUGACGACCAGCCAUUUUUGAUGGGGCUCACAGGAUUUGAUGUGCUGGACUUCGCAGGCUACCCUCCCGAUCUAGCGCCAUGA